AUGGCGGGGACCUUCAAAUCACUGAUCAACAGCGCCAAGGCGUUGGCCAUCGGCAACUCGGGCAGCAAGGCGGGCUUGCAGGACCUGUUCCCCGUCGUGGACAAGGCGGUCGACGGUGAGGACUGCGACCGUGACUGCGACAGCUGCUCGGUCAAGUACCCGCGCGGCUUCAAGAUUGAUGAGUCGGACGAGCUGUACGGCUUUGUCAAGGGCUGGAGCACCCAUCUGCUGGUAGCCACGGGCAAGUCCGACUGGGUGCGCGAUGUCACCGAUGAGAAGGGGAGUGUCAUGCAGGCGAUUGGUGCCGCCAAGGCACCUACGAAUGGACGCCUCAUGCUCUCGGCCUCCAACAUCCCCACGCCGCACCAGACAACCUCCUACUCCGAACCGACCACCGUCCUCCUCCUCCCAGCCUUCACCAUCAUCGAAAACGUCACACCAGCGACCGUCCCAACCCUACUCACCUCCAUCGUCUCCCACGCGCCAACCAACACCACCCCUCUCGCGCCUUUCUCCCUCCCGCGCUCGUUACCCGCCCCGCUACCCGAAGGCACACCCGCAGCUAUCAAGGACCUGACGACGCGCCCUUGUCCGCACAAGGCACUGAUCCUGCUGUGCAGCCAAAAGACCCGCGAUGCGCGCUGUGGGCAGUCGGCGCCACUGCUGCGGAAAGAGUUUCAGCGGCAUCUGCAGCCACUGGGGCUAUAUCGGGACUUGGACGAUGAGCGGCCGGGUGGGGUGGGGAUUUAUUUUAUUAGCCAUGUGGGCGGGCACAAGUAUAGUGCGAAUGUGAUGGUGUAUCGGAAGGGGGAGGCAAAGGAGGCCGAUGGGGAAGAGAAAGGGAGAGAAAACAAGGAUAAAGAAGAAGACAAUAAGGAGACAGGGGAAAGUCAAGAAGAGGAAGGGGAUGGGGAGGUUGGAGCAGCGCAGUGCAUCUGGCUCGCCAGGGUCCGGCCGGAGGAUUGCGAGGGUAUUGUGAAGUUUACGGUGCUGCAGGGGAAGGUCGUCAAGCCAGAUACCCAAUUGCGGGGCGGGUUUGACAGGGAAAGGGGGCUGUUGAGUUGGUGA